AUGGAUAAUAACGCUGCAAAUUCGGAGAAAUCUCAACUGAUACACGAGAAGAGCGCGAAAAUGUAUUCUCUAAAACUACAAAGCGCUUUUCCAGACUCCAAAGAGCAGUAUCCCGACUUCCCUUUUAAGAACGGAGGCAUGGCCGGUGCCAUCGAGCUGAAGCGGCCCGUCGGCGCCCACUGCCACGGGACCAAAACCUUGGCAUGUGAGGAGAGCGGGGACAGGCUUCUGGCCAAGAAGAAACUCUACAUCGCUUCAGCUGUCUGCCUCGUCUUCAUGAUUGGCGAGGUCAUAGGAGGCUACCUGGCUCACAGCCUGGCCAUCAUGACGGAUGCAGCCCACCUCCUCACAGACUUUGGCAGCAUGAUGGUGAGCCUGUUCUCCCUGUGGAUCUCCUCCAGACCGCCCACCAAAACCAUGAACUUUGGUUGGCACAGAUCAGAGAUCCUCGGGGCGUUCAUCUCCGUCAUCUCCAUCUGGAUCGUUACGGGGGCGCUGGUCUAUUUAGCCAUCGAGAGGAUCGUUCGCAACGACUAUGAGAUCGAUGGCCACGUAAUGUUAGUCACCUCCGGGUGCGCUGUCAUCGUCAAUAUAAUCAUGGCCUACAUCCUCCAUCAUUCCACCACCUUCCACGGCCACGGCAGCGGGUACCACCAGAUCGACGAGGUCGGCCAGAGUCCCGUGGCUCACGGACACUCCCACGCGCUCCUCGGGGGCCACAGCAACACGAGUGUCCGCGCCGCCUUCAUCCACGUGGUGGGAGACCUUCUGCAGAGCGUCGGCGUCAUGGUGGCAGCGAUCAUCAUCUACUUUCGGCCCGAGUACAAAGUGGCAGAUCCCAUCUGUACCUUCCUCUUCUCCGUCUUCGUCCUCUUCACCACCAUCACCAUCCUCAGAGACGUCUUCAGGAUACUCAUGGAAGGCUCUCCUAAAGGGAUCGAGUUCAACUCGGUGAAGGAGGUGCUGCUGUCGGUGAAGGCUGUGAAGUCGAUGCACUCGCUGCACCUCUGGGCUCUGACCCUGGGACAAGCGCUGGUGUCUGUUCACCUGGCUAUAGAGGAAGGUGCUGACGCUCAGUCGGUGCUGCAGGAGGCCACCGACCUGCUGCACACCAAGUUUGGUUUCCACAGCAUCACCAUCCAGGUGGAGCUGCACUCUGAAGACAUGAGCCACUGCUCCCACUGCCAGGACCCCAGUGACUGACCCCGAUACUGGACAACACUCAUCAUUCAUCACUGGGGGGUGAGCUGGAGCAGCUGCAGCACCGGGCAGCUUCCUGCUGGAGGAGUUUUUACUAGAUGUAUUGUGUUUGUCCUUUAGUCACAAGACAGUUUACAUGCUAACGAGGAGCUGCAUGCUAACGAGGAGCUACGCCCUCAAGUUCAAAUUAAGUUCUUACCAAACACCGGGACAGGUGCUUUCUUGUAAAGACAUCGAUCACAAGUCCUGAAGAAGAUCGUUUUACAAAAUGUCGGUCCUGUCCUAAAACAAAUAACGAUUAUUUUAUGGUCAUUAUGGUCAUUAUGGUCUCUAAAAUGUCAGAAAAUACAAAUAAAAAAUCUUGUUUAGUCCAAUAAAUUCACUUUAAUACGAUAGAAAACAAAGAAAAGCAGAUUUCAGGGGAUAAAAUUAGCAUCUUUUGACAUUUUUGCAUUAACAAUUACCUAAACGAUUAAUCGAUUAUCUUAAUAGUUGCUGAUCAUCAGCUUUAAACAGCCAUAAAAACCUCCUUUUGUCCCCUGAAAGUGUGAACAUAAAGCAUAAUACAGUACUGCUCAUGCAAUAGGAAGAGAAACAAGACAGGGAUAUUGUAAGGACGAUCUAGAUUACUAAAUCUUCAAAUUAAGAAAGAAAGACGUUUAUAUUUCUGUAAGUACUUCAAGAGAAAACACUGCCUGGACUUUAGUAUUUCAUGUAAAUUAAAGAAUAAACUGCCACAUAAAGGACUUCACUACUUAUUUUCUACUGUAACUUCCCUCCUGAUGCAAAUCCUGUUAUAUUAGCAUUGAGUACGUUAGCUACACUGUUAGCAUGGAGCGCCUGGCGUCAUGCUCUACCAGAGACACACGGAUGACUUUACUCUCCAGCUCAUCUCUUUAGCAUGCUUUUUCAUGCUUUAUUCAGAAAAGCAUGAAUAAUAUUCAUUGUGUACAUACUGUUGGCGGUUGACUUAACAAAGGUCAAAGUAUGGCACGAUUAACCCUUUAAUCCAUAAAAAUAUUUGUUUCAAAAUGGCUUUGUACAUGAGAGUCAUGUAGUGUCAAGUACAAAGAAAAUAAGAUAUUACAUAUAUAUCUUAUGGACCUGCAAACUUUUAGUUUUGGAGGCAAUUUGCAAAGAGUUUUGUCCGUUAAGGCGACACACCACACGCCAAAACACCGUUUUCUUUCAUGCA